AUGUUUGGUGCAGGGUCAGUUUAUCCGCAUGUGAAUCAGACAAACACAAAUACACCCUAUAUUCCUGUAACCGUAUCUCAAUAUAUCUCGAAUCCUUUUCAAAAUCCUACCAUCAGUCAAUCGAUGCCGGUAGGUAGUGUAAUCGAUCAAAGUGUGCCUACAUCUCGCCAGUUGGCUGCCCGGCAUGUUAUGCCGAAAGAGCUUCCCAUCUUUAGUGGGAGCCCCGAAGAGUGGCCCAUGUUUUAUAGUGCCUUUUAUACGUCGACAGAAGCUUGUGGUUACAGUGAAGUGGAGAAUCUCGGCCGACUUCAACGCUGUCUAAAGGGCAGUGCAUUGGAAGCUGUUCGUAGCCGUCUUCUACUCCCGUCUGCAGUACCGCAGGUGAUGCAAACAUUGCAGCUUUUGUAUGGACGACCGGAACAGAUAAUUUCUGCUCUUCUCACAAAAAUCCGCGACGUCCCUACGCCGAGAGCCGACAAUUUGAGGACUUUGGUUACUUUUGGAAUGGCAGUACAAAAUUUUUGUGAUUACUUGGUGGCAGCUGGGCAAGUUGCCCAUCUUUCAAAUCCAUUGCUCUUGCAAGAGCUGAUCGACAGGUUACCGGCGCACCUGAAACUGGACUGGGUAGCAUAUAAAAGGCAGUUCAUGGUGGUUGAUUUGCGUGUUUUCGGUGGGUAUAUGGCAAAUUUGGUAACUGCAGCGGCCGAUGUCACCCUUACGCUUGAGCCUAGUAGUACUAAGGCAGGAAAAGCGGACAGAGUAAAAGGGUUCGUCAAUGCUCAUGCUACGGAAAAGGUGGAGCCAGUGAAAGUGAAGUCGGAACCAUCGAAAGCGAAUCAGAUACGGUGUUUAACUUGCAAUGAUCCCGAACACAGAGUGAAAGAAUGUGAGACUUUCAAGAAGAUGAGCACUGACGACAGGUGGAAGGCUGUACAAACCCACCAGCUGUGCCGAAUUUGUCUUGGUAAGCAUGGGAGGAAGCCGUGCCGUUCCCAGAUGCGGUGCGAUAUACAGGGGUGCCAAAUGCGUCAUCACCCGCUAUUGCAUCGUAGUUCUUCAACAUCGACAACAACGAGUGCAUCGUCCAGCCACAGGGAAAAUGCUGCAGCCCGGAAUCAAUCUGAGGGAGUGAAUGCGCAUCGCGACAACCAGAGUGAGACGAUGUUCCGUAUUCUACCGGUGACUCUUCACGGUAACGGAAGGAGUGUGGAUACAUUUGCCUUUAUUGAUGAGGGAUCAUCCGUCACGCUGAUGGAGAAGUGGAUUGCAGAUACGCUUGAUAUUAAAGGCGUUCGAAAACGUCUUUGUUUGUCAUGGACAGGCAAUGUUACUAGAGAUGAGGAGGAUUCGCAUCAAGUUACGGUCGCAAUAUCAGGAUGUGGAGCAGAUCGCCGAUACAAUCUCGAAGGUGUUCGCACUGUUAGUGCACUGGGACUUCCAACGCAGUCGCUUCGAUAUGGUGAAUUGGCUAAACAGUAUCACCAUCUCCGGCAGCUACCAGUUGUUGACUACGAGUCUGUGACACCAGGAAUAUUAAUUGGCGCGGGACAUACAGUAUUGACUGCUACUAAGCAGCUCCGAGAAGGUCGGUCGGGUGAGCCUAUUGCUGCAAAAACCCGGCUAGGUUGGGCUGUAUAUGGACCAGUGAAAAGAGAGAUGCAAAGUCGCAGUUACCAUCUCCAUGUUUGCGAAUGUACGGGGGAUGCCAACCUGCACGAAAUGGUUAAACAAUACUUUAGUGUGGAGAAUGUAGGUGUCUCGGCUGAUAGCGGACCGGAAUCUGAAGACGAAAAGCGGGCUAGGUUGAUUCUCGAACGUACGACCAGGAGAGUCGAAGGAGCUUUCGAGACUGGGCUAUUGUGGCGACAUGAUCAGGUGGAAUUCCCCGAUAGCUACGGAAUGGCAGUUCGCAGGCUACAGUGUUUUGAGAGACGCCUGAAAGCGAACCCUGCUAUUGAACAAAACGUUCGACGUCAAAUUGUGGAGUAUCAGCAGAAAGGGUACAUCCACGAAGUGACGCGAGAGGAGCUCGAAUCAGCGGAUCCAUGCCGUGUUUGGUAUCUACCCUUGAGUGUUGUGCAAAAUCCGAAAAAGCCGAAAAAGAUUCGGCUUGUGUGGGAUGCUGCAGCUAAGGUCGACGGGAUUUCGCUGAAUAGUAUGCUGCUGAAGGGACCAGAUCUUGUUGUACCGCUUCCGACAGUGCUUUGUGGAUUUCGAGAACGAAGGAUAGCAGUGGGUGGCGAUCUGCAAGAAAUGUUCCACCAGGUGAAGAUACGAUCAGCGGAUCGUAAUGCUCAGCGUUUCCUCAUGCGGGAUAAUCCGAACCAGAAGCCUCGGGUCUUUAUCAUGGACGUAGCAACGUUCGGUUCAACGUCCUCACCGUGCUCAGCGCAAUACAUAAAAAACCUGAACGCUCAGGACUUCAUCGAUCGCUACCCAAGAGCAGUUGAAGCAAUCCAGCGACGACACUACGUCGAUGACUAUCUGGACAGCUUUGACAGUGAGGAAGAGGCGUGUCGAGUGGCAGAAGAAGUGAAGAUAGUGCAUAAGAAAGGUGGUUUCACCAUGCGUAAUUGGUUGUCCAAUUCUAACGAAGUUCUUCGACGGGUCGGGGCAACGGACGGUUGCCGUGAGAAAGCUGUUGAAGCAGACAAGAGCGGACGAGCUGAAAGAGUCCUAGGAAUGUUAUGGGCAUCCGAAUUAGACGUUUUUGUAUACGCGAAUGGACUUGAUUUCGCAGGAAUCGCUCCGACCAAGAGGGGCAUUCUACGAUGCGUAAUGAGUCAGUACGACCCACUUGGAUUACUCUCGCAUUUCUUCAUCCACGGUCGGGUUAUAAUACAAGAUAUCUGGCGGACGAAAGCAGGUUGGGACGACAUCGUCGGCGGGGAGAUUCUUGAACGCUGGCAAAGAUGGACAAGCUUGUUCGAUAUGCUACAUAACGUGAGCAUUUCCCGCGCUUAUUUCCCAAGUGUAUCAUCCGAGGAAAUUGAGGACUUGCAACUGCAUAUCUUCGUUGACGCCAGCGAAACGGCUUACGCCUGCGUAGGCUACUUUCGCGCCAAGAUUCGUGGCGAGUUCCGCACUGCACUGAGAUGGGUACCCACUAAGGAAAAUGUGGCAGACGAGGCCACGAAAUGGGGCAAGGGGCCAAACCUGCUCCCAGAUAGCCGCUGGUUUACCGGUCCUAAGUUUUUGCGAGAGCCCGAAGUGUCGUGGCCACAACAAUACGCAACCGAGGAAACUCCAGAAGAACUGAAACCAUGUAUGGUGCAGCACAUCGUAUCGCAGGACGAGUUGAUCGAGUGGAGUCGUUUCUCUAAAUUUGAGAGAGUUUGGCGUGCACUAGCAUAUGUGCAUCGAAUAAUAGGAAACAUGCGACGGAAGCGACAGAGAGAGCAACUGCAACGCGGCCAUUUAACGCAGGACGAGCUGACUGAAGCCCAGGACACGGUUUGGAGUCUCGUGCAAAAAUAUGCCUUUCCGGAAGAAGUUAAACUGUUGACAGCAGUCGCUGGGCAAGGUUUGCCUGCAAAGAUCGGAAAAUCGAGCCGAAUCUACAAGUUAUCCCCCUUUAUGGAUGAUCGUGGAGUGAUUCGGAUGGAUUCUCGACUAUGUGCUGCUAGUUUCAUGCCCUUUGAAGCAAAGUUCCCAAUUAUUCUGCCUAAAACACAUCCUCUAACGAUCCUACUGCUAGACUGGUAUCACAGAGCGUAUCUUCACGAAAAUACAGAAACGGUGAUCAACGAGAUAAGGCAGCGGUUCCAUGUACCGUCUCUGCGCACCCAGCUUCGUAAGGUGGUGAGAUUGUGUAUGUAUUGCAAGGUGAAGAAGGCGAAGCCAUGUAUUCCGCGGAUGGCACCACUUCCGGAAGCGAGAUUAAGCCCGUUCGUCAGACCGUUUUCGUUCGUUGGGCUUGAUUACUUCGGUCCUAUGCAGGCCAAGGUGGGACGUUCACUCGUGAAGCGAUGGGUCGCAUUGUUCACGUGUCUCACCAUACGAGCAGUGCACCUAGAAAUAGUGUACUCACUGUCCACGGACUCCUGCAAGAAGGCUAUUCGACGCUUUCUGGUAAGAAGGGGAUCCCCACUGGAAAUCUGGAGCGACAACGGUACGAAUUUCGUCGGCGCCAGCCGAGAACUCGAGGAAGAGAUAAAACGUAUCAACGAACAGAUGUCGGAAGUCUUCACUAACGCUAACACGAAAUGGAUUUUCAAUCCGCCCUCAGCGCCACAUAUGGGCGGGUCAUGGGAGCGGUUAGUCCGUUCCAUAAAAACUGCUUUCGCAAGCCUAUCGAUCACCAGAAACCCCGACGAGGAAACCCUCAUGACACUUUUGAUUGAGGCGGAAGGAGUAGUCAACUCGCGACCACUCACAGUGGUUCCAUUGGAUAAUGAGGCGCAAGAAUCGCUGACUCCCAACCAUUUUCUCCAACUAAGCUCACAGGGAGUAACACAGCGACCACAGCCAUUGAUGGAACGUGCAGAACCGACGAGGAGCAAUUGGAGGCGAAUGAGGUGUCUGGUGGACGAAUUCUGGUACCGCUGGAUAAAGGAGUAUCUUCCUACAAUAGCCAGUCGUAGUAAAUGGGUGGAAGAUCCGGAGCAGCUGAAAGAAGGUGACUUGGUUUUCGUCGUUGACGAGUCAACCCGGAAUGGGUGGCUACGAGGAAAAAUAUUGUCUGCUACGAAGGGACUCGACGGACGAGUCCGACAAGCCUUCGUCAAAACUCGUAACGGAGUGCUACGAAGACCUGCCACGAAGAUUGCUGUGUUGGGCAUCGAGGAUACCAACUCAGACGAAGAGAAGUUAGAUAACGCUGGACGCAAGCAGGCUUGUGACCCGCGUUAUGGGUCGGGGGAUGCAGCACUCAAGGCGCUAAAGGCCGCAAUGUGCAAUUCCAAACUGGUGUGGGAAUGUAUUCUUUCACUGCGACAGCUAGCUCAUAAGAACCUGGUCAAUCUUUACUGGGUUCCAGGCCACUGUGGAAUUGAAGGAAAUGAAAAGGUCGAUUUACUGGCACGAAAAGGAUCAUCGACAAGAUGUUUAGGACCAGAACCAUUUUGUGGAUUCUCGUCAAGUGCUAUAAAAACGGAACUUAACGAGCGGCCAAACCAAACCGAUCCGAACCGUAGACACCGUCAGGACCAGACCAGACCGUUCUACAACCCAUCAGGUCAGACUCGACCCGACUGCGAAUAA